CUCUCUUUCUGAGCAGUGCACCACCAGGGCUCCUAGGGGAGGACCCAGCUUAAGUUGGGGCUGAUGCAGACCGGAGAGGCUAUGAGCCCGCAGGACUCCAAGGCAGCAGGGGCCGAGGCCACGGAGGAGCAGAAGGCCCAGAACCAGAGCCAGAGUCAGGGGUGUCCGGAGCCCACAGCGCCUCCGCUCCCUCCCCCUUCACCGCCACCAGCAGGGCCACCAGAAUACCCCAGACCUAAGCUCAUCUUCCACACCCAGCUGGCUCAUGGGAGUCCCACAGGCCGUAUUCAUGGAUUCACUAAUGUCAAGGAGCUGUAUGCCAAGAUCGCAGAAGUGUUCAACAUCUCCCCCUCAGAGAUCCUGUUCUGCACUCUCAACUCUCAUAAAGUGGACAUGCAGAAACUACUGGGGGGACAGAUUGGACUGGAGGACUUCAUCUUUGCCCAUGUAAGAGGGGAGACCAAAGAGGUGGAGGUGACAAAGACAGAAGAUGCACUGGGUCUCACGAUCACAGACAACGGGGCCGGCUACGCUUUCAUCAAGAGGAUAAAGGAAGGCAGCACCAUCGACCAGCUGAAGACAGUAUGUGUUGGAGAUCACAUCGAGGCCAUCAAUGACCAGAGCAUUGUAGGGUGUCGGCACUACGAGGUUGCAAAGAUGCUAAAAGAGCAACCGAGAGGCGUACCCUUCACUCUUCGACUUGUGGGACCCAAGAAAGCCUUUGACAUGAUUGGAAUGAGGACUAGAGCGCCAAAGUCUAAUGAGGGCAAGAUGGUGAAUGGGAAGGAAACAUUGCGACUAAGGUCCAAAGGUUCUGCUACAGUUCAGGAAGUGGUGAGUUUCACGUCCUGCCGGACAAUGCCUGAUUACAUUUUCAGAUCUCACAUGGGGCAUCACAGACCUGACCUGACAACCACCAUCGUGGAAGCGGGCAAAGACAAGAAGAACCCCGAUGACUUUGCCGAGGCACUGGAUUCAGUUCUGGGGGAUUUUGCAUUCCCUGAUGUUUUUUUGUUCGAUGUAUGGGGAGCUAUUGGAGAUGUCAAAAAUGGCAGAAUCUAGAUGUUUGUUGUACACAUAUGAGAGAAGAAGAGCUCUGUUCUUUGGUAUAUCAAGCUGCAAAAAGGUAAAAUGUAGAAGUGCAUAAAUAUUGCCUUCCAGUCCCUAUAUUCAUUUUGAAUCACUUGCAAUCAUGGCCGCACUGUGAUAUUGUUUGAGAAAUGAAAUGUCGCUAAUUUGUGCAUAACAGAUUCUUAAUGUUCUACUAAACUGGACUGUCAAAUCUUUACAAGAAAUACAAUGCACAGUAAUCUGCAGAGUAGUUUUUAAAACAUUUGGCUAAAUGAAUAAUCAGAAAUUACCAAUUUAUCAUCAUUAGAAAGCUGUGAUUGAAUGUUUAAUUAAAAAGAGAUGCAUUUAAUAGAGGUCUUGACGUCUGCCACCAGCGUGCAACGGUAUGUUAUGAAACUGCAAGAGUUGGAAUCAGCUGAGGAAUCCAGAAAAAGCAGUUAGCACCAGUAAGUCUGUUUCACUUUGAAAGGAAUUGCCGGGAAAACAGGAAAGAAACAUUUACAGGACAUUCAAUCUUAUUCUUCAUUCAAUUCAAUCAACUUAUAUAAGGUAAAUAAAAAUGUUACCUUUUUGUGUUUUGGAUUUUACCAAGUGUUCCAGAAAAAGGCAUUGCAGCUUUAAAUAUCCUCAGUCUUGCAGUAGGUGACUGACCUGACUUGAACUUACAAAAAAAAGUAAAAUAAAAUAAAAAAUAAUCAAAGCUGUCAUCUAAAAACUGAAUACCAGGGGAGCAAUCUAAAUGUUCCUGCUCUGCAAUUCCUGUAGAUUCCCACAUGUGGAAACUGCUGUCAAACACCAUAUUCGAACCAUAAGUUCCCACAGUCAAAAAGAAAUCAAAAAAAAUAUUUUGGUGGAUUCUUGUGCUUGUAUGUAAACUCUUACUCUUAGUUUUCCUUAAAAAAUGGAAAUAAUUUCUUGUGGUUGUUGAGAAAAGGAAAAUGUUACAUAUUCACCUUAAUAUUGUACCAUGUUUCACUGAGGGAGCCUUCAGUCUGUUUAAAAAAAGAGAGAGAAUGCAAAUAUACUAUAGCAGUUUGUUGCAGCAUUUCAUUAUCACUGCUCUUAGUUUCAGUGUGUAGAUCUCACUUUGUGUUUCUGCAUUGGUUAGUAUAUCCAGUAAAAAAAAAGGAAGCAUUAACUUAACACUGGAGUGGCAUAUUUUUUCUGCCUUACCAUUUUGCAUACAUAAGUAAAAACCGAAUGGCUAAAUUUAAAUGAUUUGACCUAAGAUGUGAUUACACGGUUUGAGCAAUAUCAGUACUCUUCUUUGUGUUGCCACUUGACUGCAUUUCUGUAUGGGAAAUAAAAUGGUUAAAUA